CAUCUCGCCCUGGAUCCCAAAUCCCUGAUUCCCGUCCUCAUUCCCUCUUUCUCACCCUCGAGGGUUUCGAAUCUCCAUCUUUGACUCUCCUUUGUGCUCUACUGGAUCCAAUCCGAUUGGUUCUUGGACUGGAUCGAGGAUGACGAUACCCAGUUCGGCAGGGUUCUUCCCGGCGAGCAGCUGCUUGCCGUGUACUCCUGAGGAAGAGAAAGAGAUCAUACUUGAGUUGAUUAAGGCCUCUGAUGCCAAUUUGAAGGAAGGGGAUGUGUUUUACCUUAUUUCUAGCAGGUGGUGGAGGAGCUGGAGAGAAUAUGUGAGAUUGGAUGAAUAUGAUGGUCUCUCUAGUUCAUCUGAACAACCAGAAGGUUAUAUUCCUCACAGACCCGGAGAGAUAGAUAAUAUGGUGCUCAUUUUGAAUGUUAUGAACAGAGAUGGUGGUAUCUCCGAUAUUCAGAGAAACUUGCUUGAAGGAACAGACUAUGAUCUGGUGCCAGAAGAAGUUUGGAAGAAGCUUCUUGAAUGGUACAAUGGUGGACCUGAAAUACCCAGGAAACUCAUUUCUGAUGGCUUGAAUGGAAAGAACUUUGUUGUGGAGGUUUACCCUUUGUGUCUUUGUCUAGUUGAUGGAAGAGACAAUUCUCAAAGAGGUAUUAGGAUAAGUAGAAAGGCUACCGUAGGCAAGCUAUAUGAAAUCGUUUGCUCAGUUCUUAAGCUAGACCUCUCUAAGGUCAUAAUUUGGGAUUAUUACAAUAAAAAUAAAGGUUCCAUGAUAAUUAAAUUGGAUGAAACCUUGGAUGAAGUCGCACUGCAUAUGGACCAGGAGAUUCUUUUGGAGAUCAAACCUGAUGAGUUGUGGCCUUCUAGUAGUGAAAUUGUUUCAACUGGAAAUGAGUUGGCUUUAGUUCCAAUAGAACCUUCAAGGACAUCUGUUGCUAUUGCUGGGGGCCGAGCUCUCUCGAAUGGACAUGCUGCUGGAUUUGGCUCCUAUCUUUUGCAGGGAAAUAGCUAUAGUUCAUCAUUGAGUGACAUAGAGAAUGUUGAAAGUAUUUCAAGCAAUGGAGGAAAAGUAGAUGGUAUAGGACUGACUGGGUUGCAUAACCUGGGCAACACUUGUUUCAUGAAUAGUGCCAUUCAGUGUUUGGUGCACACUCCCCCACUUGUUGAGUUUUUCUUACAAGAUUACAGUGAAGAGAUUAAUGAGCAGAAUCCUCUCGGAAUGCAAGGUGAGCUUGCAAUAGCAUUUGGAGAACUAUUAAGGAAACUAUGGAGAUCUGGAAGGUCAUCUGUUGCACCUCGUGAAUUUAAGGGAAAACUUGCUCGUUUUGCUCCUCAGUUUAGUGGAUAUAACCAGCAUGAUUCUCAGGAACUUCUUGCAUUUCUACUGGAUGGGCUGCAUGAAGAUUUAAAUCGUGUAAAAAGCAAGCCCUAUAUUGAAGCAAAAGAUGCAAAUGGUCAUCCUGAUGGGGAGUUUGCAGAUGAAUGCUGGGGAAAUCACAAGGCUCGAAAUGACUCUGUAAUUGUUGAUAUUUGCCAAGGUCAAUACAAGUCUACCUUAGUGUGCCCGAUUUGCAACAAAGUUUCAGUUACUUUUGACCCAUUCAUGUACUUGUCACUGCCAUUACCUUCGACAAUUACACGUCAAAUGACCAUUACUGUAUUCAGUAGUGAUGGUAGUGCCCUUCCGAUGCCGUACACUGUAACUGUUUCAAAAAAUGGCCGCUGUAAAGAUCUUAUUCAGGCCUUGAGUACUGCAUGUUGCUUAAGAAGUUCUGAGUCUUUAUUGGUUGCAGAGGUACAUGAUCAUCGAAUAUAUCGAUAUAUGGAGAAUAUGUUGGAGUCACUUUCUACUAUUAAGGAUGAAGAUCACAUUGUAGCAUAUCGGCUUCCUUCGAAUCACCGUGAAAUACCCCAAAUUCAAAUAUUCCAUAGGAGUGUAGAAAAAUGCUCUACACAAUUUCGAUACAAUUCUCAUCAGGAGCUUCUCGGAGCACCAUUGGUUAUGUGUUUGACAGAGAAUUAUAAUUCUGGAGCUGAUGUCCAUGCUGCAGUAAGGGCUGCACUGACACCGCUUUUGCGUUCAAAAACACAGUGUCUUCAUCAUCAGGCCAAAAGCAGCAAGGAUAAUGAUUACAGACCUAGUUUGGAUGGUGUUACUCUGACAGAUAAUAGUGCAGUGUCAAAUGGAAGUGAUACAUCUCCAACUGCCAUGGAAAUUGAUUCUAUAUCUAAUGGUUUUUCAACAUUCCAGCUUGUGUUGACCAAUGACAGUGGUGUUAAUGGACUGACCAUUGAUGAUGAUAAAGAUUUUCUUGUUGAGGGAAAGUCUAUAAAGGUAUACUUGGACUGGUCCCAUAGGGAGCAUGAUCUGUAUGAUUCUAGCUACCUUGAUCAUCUCCCAGGAGUUUACAAUAGUGGAAACCAGAAAACCGGCCAGGAGGCUGUCUCUUUGUUUUCAUGCAUGGAUGCAUUCUUGAAGGAAGAACCACUUGGUCCUGAUGAUAUGUGGUACUGCCCUACUUGCAAGGAGCACAGACAAGCAACAAAGAAGCUCGACCUCUGGAGGUUACCUGAAAUUUUAGUUGUUCACUUGAAGCGGUUUUCAUACAGCCGAUAUAUGAAGAAUAAGCUCGACACGUUUGUGAACUUUCCUGUUCACAAUCUUGACUUGAAUAAGUAUUUAAAGCACAAACCUUGCACUACAGAGUCAUAUGUGUAUGAACUCUAUGCGAUAAGCAACCAUUACGGCGGCUUAGGCGGCGGUCAUUACUCUGCAUAUGCUAAGUUGAUAGGUGAGGAUAGUUGGUACCACUUUGAUGACAGUCAUGUUUCUCCUGUGAAUGAGGACUCUAUCAAGACAUCUGCAGCUUAUGUACUAUUUUAUCAAAGAAGUAAAUGAGAAUCCAGAAUAGCUAUUUAUAGAUCAGCAUCUGAAGAUUCUUCUGAUUAACAACAAAUACAGAGCUGGACGCUGCAGGUAUCACAUGCUAUCAACCUUAUAGUGACCUAAUUGUAUGGUGAAAUUCCAUUUUUGUUGAACCCCUUAUUUGAACCAUUGAAUGUCCAGAUAUCUACAAGGAGUUACUGGAUUUUGGUAGACAUUGGCAAGUUUGGUACAAUACAUAGAUUCAAAGAUUAUAGACAUUAAUCACCAUCAUUGGAAGUUUUGUUUGUUCAAAGGAAUGAUAGCCGGUGAUUCUGUUUUCUAAUUGAUGGUUAUCAAUCAGGCAACAAAAAAAAAAUCUUUAUACUCUUCUGUAUUACUAUUUGUAAUGUACCUUAUUUUCAUUUUUUUUUUAAAUAUCUAUUUGAAGUUUCAA